UAUUCUCAGGUAUAUCAUUGUCGUUUGGUUAUAUUUUGUAAUUUGAAGCAAAAUCAUUUUCCUUCAGAGGCCUCAAUCAGGGAUUUGCCAUGAGAUCAACUCUGGAUGCACACAGAUAUCCUGGUGGUGUCAGAAAGACAGAGGAUGACGUCAAGCCGUGGAGGAAGAAGGUGGCGUGUGAUGGCCGCUCACAGCCAGAGCAAGAGGCCAAGGUCUGGCAUCAGACUCUGCUAGAUCAGCGCCAUCUAGAGACCUACAGGAACAUGCACCACCUCAGAGAUGCUCUCCAUCACCGCUGUGCUGCUCUGCUCAAGGACAAAGUCCUCUCACAAAGACUAGUGCUGCAGCAAAGAGACGAGACGACCAGGGCCAAGUACGAGGCGAAGAACGAAACAAAGCAGAAACAAAAGAAGCGAGCCUUCUCCAAGCUGCAGCACAAUGACUCAUACCUCCAGUCUCUCCCCAAAACCAGCUAUUACCAGAUCUUUGACCUCCAGAAGCAGCUGGUCCAGCGUGGACAUCUAAAAACCAGCCGCGAGUUGGAGGACUUUUACCGGUGCAUUGACUACAACAGUCCUCCAUCACAGAUGCAGAGAAAUCUGCAGGAUGUCAGGAAAAAGAUGCUGGGAAGCAGGUCGUCUGCAGUUGAUUUGACUUCUCAGCAGAAGACAGAACACGAUCCCUGCUCUCCUGAAGAUGGAGGAGAUGAGGAGGAUGACAUCUGCUGCUCCAGGUUAUUGGAGCACAGGUCUGGUUCGGGGGAGAGCAAGGAGAAAAAGGCAAUCGAGCAAAUGUUUCCCAAGGUUGGUGACAGUGAUGGUGUCAAUGCAUUUUACUUGGUUACUUUCUUUGUGUGGGCCACACGGUGGUGUAGUGGUUAGCACUCUCGCCUUGCAGCGAGAAGACCCGGGUUCGAGCCCCGGUUGGAACAAGGGCCUUUCUGCAUGGAGUUUGCAUGUUCUCCCCGUGUGUGCGUGGGUUCUCUCCGGGUACUCCGGCUUCCUCCCACAGUCCAAAAACAUGCAAUGUGGGGAUAGGUAAAUUGGACACUCCAAAUUUACCAUAGGAGUGAGUGUGAGAGUGAAUGGUU